AUGGAAGGCAAAAGAGGCUUGGAAGAAUUUCGAUCAUCUUACGGCUGUUCACUAGAGGAAGAGGAAGAAUUAUCGGACGAAGAGGAGUGGCUUGGUUCUCUUCCAUCUCCGAGCAGCUUGAAAAGUUCCGUUGCAAAGAAACGAAGGCUUGACGCUCCGGUGUCAAAAUCAAAUCAGCCAAAUCUAAGCUCAGGAAUUAACCCUUCGAUGCAGACAGAUCCCUGCCUUGGACACAGCAGAACUAUAAUCCACGUGGACAUCGACUGUUUUUACGCGCAAGUAGAAAUGAUUCGUAACCCAGACCUCCGAAAUAUACCCUUGGGAAUUCAGCAGAAACACAUCGUCGUAACUUGUAAUUACGUUGCAAGGAAAUUCGGUGUUACGAAGCUAUCCUACAUCAGCGAUGCCAAAAAGACUUGCCCAGACCUAGUGUUGGUGAACGGUGAAGACCUAACAGUUUACAGGGAAUUUUCCUUAAGGGUACAUUCUCUUUUGACCCGGGAAUUCACCCCUCAAGUUGAAAGGUUAGGAAUGGAUGAGAAUUUUUUGGAUGUCACCGAGCUUGUGGCCUUACGGCUGCAAAACAGUCCUUGUGAAGAAAGAAACUUUUCAGGGUUGAUAUACAGCAUGAAUACUGAUGCCAGUGAUGCAAAGGUAAUUUUUGAGAGGUGAUGAAAUCAGAUAGACUGUCGGUCAACAUAUCAGUUGAGUGUUGGGGAGUCGGUCGAUAUAUAGGCUUAGGGGCGAUGUAUCAACCAACAUCUCAGUUGUCUGUUGGUCAAGGUAUCGAUCAUUCUAUUGGUCAAAUGUUGGUUGAGAGUCAGACAAGAAUGGGGUGAUGUAUCUACUAACUUGACAAAUGUCCACUGAGGUAUCGGCCUUAACAUCAACCAAGUGUUAGUGAUAUGGCGGUGAUCCGUCGCGGUAAAAACAACCGUCUAGCGACAGAUCAAUCGAUUGAUAGACCAUAGAGGGCGAGACUCUUCAGAGACUUGAUUGACACUUGACCAAUACAGCAACCAACAUGUCAAUCGACAGUCGACUGACAUGUCGGCCGAUACAUUGGUUGACAACCCCUAUAAGACACAUGAUCCAUGAAAUCUCCCAGUUGAAGCCAGAAUAGAGCAAGAGUUUAUAGUUAUUGCCUUCUACAGUGAAACCUCUGUAAGAGGACACCUUCGGUACCUUCCCAAAUGUCCGCUUAAUAGAGGGUGUCCGCUUAAUAGAGGUUUGUAAAAAUUGGGCGCAAUGAAUGUGACAGAGUCAUUUUAAUAGUUCCUUAAGAGACUUAUAGAUCAUUUUAUUAUGUUUUUAGUUGGUUCAGUUGGUUUACCUAAGUAGAGCAAGUCCUCAAGUCAAGUACAUUUUCAAGUCUCCCACGGAUGUUUAGUUAUCAAUAUUAACAUUUGUUUCUCGUUCCCGUUUUUUUGUUUGUUCAAUAAACUCGUAAAACUUAAGCUCAAAUCUGUUGUUCUUGGGUUGACCGUUUUGGCCGUCUUACAUUUUGGUGUCAGAAGUGGGAUUUGAGCAAAUCUUAAGUAGAGAAAAAACGGGAACGAGCUAACAAACAGGAUGACAGAAGCCCAGAUAAAGGAACUGACUGACAAGUUGACUGCAUUGGAGCAGCAACUCCAGAACCAGAGUGGUGCGACUGCAUCUGCUACUGUUUCAAGUUCCACAACCCCUGGUCCCAUUACAGUUAAGGUGCCCCGUGAGCGCAAACUCCGGAAGUUUGCUGGCGGCCGUGACAAUGGCAUGUUGGAAGAGUGGAUUGGGGAUGCCACCCGGGCCAUCGCUCGACAAACAGAUGCUGAUGCCGUGGACUUUCUGCUCUACCACCUGGACGGUGUAGCCAAGGAAGAGGUCCGCCUACGUCCAGCUGAGGAGAGAGCCAGCCCUGCCGCAGUCUUCAAGGUCCUGCGAGACUGUUUCAGUGAGGGACUCACGAGCACCCAAGCCCUACGGAAGUUCUUCGAAAGAAGACAGAAGGAUCGCGAAUCAGUUCGUGAGUUCUCCCAUGCCUUGAUGCUACUCCUAGCACGGGUGGAGCGCCUGGAUGCAGCAGCGGUAACGGAUAAGGACAAGCUCCUUAGAGACCAGUUCCUGGAGAACCUGGCAGACCCCCAGCUCCGAAGAGAUAUAAAGCGCUGGGUCAGAGACCACCCCACCAAAACCUUUCAAGAGAUCAGAGAUGAGGUCCAGCGCUGGAUUGACGAGGACGGAACCCCCCCAAGAAAGGCUGUUGUGCGUGAGGUCUCGACAGGACACCCCCUAACGAGGUCACCUGUGAUGAGGUGAAGGGAGCUGCAGACCUGCGGAAAGUGAUUAGUGAGCUGGUAGCGGGACAGAAGAUCCUGGCAGAGAACCUCCAAAAGCAACAGAAGAUCCUGACAGAGCAGAUACAAUGUCAGCAGGCUGCUCUAGAGAGGCAGCAACAGGCCAUCUCCCAGCUCUCCAUGGGUAAUCAACAAUGGUGGCAGCCUGGAUGUUUUGGCUGUGGGUCAUGGACCCAUCUUCGCAGAGACUGCCCAAGUAAUAACAGACAGAACCAACGGGCUGGUGGCAGCAGGAACAGAGGAUCUGAACACAAGCAGCUGCCGGCGUUAAACGAGAAAGCUCCACGGCAGUGAGCCAUGCCGUGGAGGGGAACAGUGGCUCAAAACCUCUACCUAAUGAUGACUGCAUGCCAAUACAUAUGGUUGGUGGUACCCCAACAAUUCAAUCAAGACUUGGCGGUGUUGACGUGCUAUGUAUGGUAGAUUCGGGCUCCAUGGUAUCCUUCGUGAACGGAAGAUUUCUAUAAGAAGAAACUCCAGCCAACCUGCGGGCACAUGAGGAAAGAUGGGUGGAUGCUGACCCUCCGUGCUGCAAAUGGGCUCGAGAUUCCGUACCCGGGCUACCUGGAACUGACAGUAGAGGUUGAUGGGGUAAAAGUACCCAGCUGUGGAGUACUGGUCCUAAAAGACACCCCAGCCACUACCAAGCAGAGAAGAGACAUACCUGGACUCCUUGGGACGAAUGUUUUGGCGCUGAUUCCGCAGUUUGGUGCCCUGCUCCAGCAACGGCCUAAUGCCGAACCAAGGACUUCAGAAAACCCUUCCUCUGGUAAUUUUUGCGUAACAUUUCCUUACUUCGUUUUGUCAUUAGUUUUGUUUGUAAUUAGGUUUUCGUUUUUCUUUUGUAUUAAACAUUCAUUUAAGCCCACUCCUUGCAUCCAAAGGAUUCAUGUCGUUGUGCCACUGCUCUUUGGCCUCCGGCCGUUGGUGGCGUUGAACCGCUCGCGCCGCUCGGUUACAUUUUGGUGUCAGAAGUGGGAUGCAAGUGUAAAAUAGUGGCUUUGAAUGUUGAUAGCUUUUGGCAAAAGUCUAGUUUUUCUAAGUAGGUUUUUUUUUUCAAAAUGAGAAUGUGAUACAUACUUGUACAAAGCACAGUCGUGUUAGGGUUUCUGUGGCAUGGUAUCUCCAGUGUUCCUGUUUGCAGUCCUGAUUCACCGCAGCCGUGAUCCCACAGAGCAGAAAUGAGCGCCAUGGCCAUCAGAUUAAUUGAAUCAUCUUGCAGACGAGCAGUUGCGUCGAUAGCAGACUUGUGGUGUGAAGCUCGAUGUCCUUUGAGAGAAGCACCUCGAUACUAAUCCAGUAUAUCUGAGAGAUUGGCUAAAUGCCCCUGAUGUGUCUGGUAACAAGUACGAGUGUGUUAGUGGAGUCUUCAUGUUGGGAGCAGUAUGAGUAAGUUCUGGCACUGAGGAUUGCGACGACAGUACUCUCUUCAAUUUGGGGGUUGAAUAGAAGAGUCACCCAAGCGGGAUCUCGCAACCAGCCUCUAAAGCUCAGAAUUCUUCUCGGGGUAGCUCCAGGACUUCCACAGUGGUUACUUCUCGCUGAAGUAGAACUUGUUUUAGGCCAACCACCGGGCCCUGGUUGUGCCUACGUUGUAUUGCGUUUGUUGCCAGUUGCGCGUCUUCCACUGGAACAUAACAGGAUUUUCGCAAGUUUAUCGUCGCUGGAAUGGUCUGAGUGGCUGACUGAAGAAUAAUUGAAUUGCCUUGUUUGUAUUGAGCUGUGAUAUGUUGUUUCCCAGUACUUUUGGUUUUGUCUACAUUCAUUUGAACAUUGUGGUUCUGUGCGUUUGUGUGACUGCAGUUUUAUUUUGGAGUAUUCGGUGACGAUGUCUCCUGGUGUGUCAUAGUGAUUGUACUCUGACAAAAUCACUUGGCACAAAAUGCCCUCUCCAGUUUUGGAACUGAUCUAACCUAAGGAAUUUAGAAGCACUGCAGCUGGACGAUUGAUCAGUUCUUCGGAAGAGACUCUUACUCUUACCCUAAGUUUAGUUAUUUGCAAAUGGACUUGACAUUCUUUUAGUAUGUUUGUAUUGUUAAUGAUAACUUUAAGGUUAGUUUGAAUACGAUGAUGAUUAGCUUUUUUUGUUUCGCUCAUAUGAGGACAUAAUGAGCAAAAGGAGGGGCGAAUGUGACAGAGUCAUUUUAAUAGUUCCUUAAGAGACUUAUAGAUCGUUUUAUUAUGUUUUUAGUUGGUUCAAUUGGUUUACCUAAGUAGAGCAAGUCCACAAGUCAAGUACAUUUUCAAGUCUCCCACGGAUGUUUAGUUCUCGUUCCCGUUUUUUUGUUUGUUCAAUAAACUGGUUAACAAUUAACAUUCAACAGUUACUCUGUACUGUGAUAAAGUUCCAUGUUGUUAGGGAAGCUAAGGGAGCUGUGCUAUACUUUGUGAAAGACUUUUAGGUGAACUUUGAUCGCGGAUGACAAUCAUACGGCCAGAUAUCGGUCUAAUCUACAGUUUAUUGACAGCUAAAUGUAUUGAUUUAUCUUUAUUAAUCAACUAUGGUACGUAUUUCAAGGACGUAAUCCAAUACUACUGUUGUCAAUUCAGUCUGGUGUUCGCUUAUUAGAGGUUUUUAACAAUAGAAAUGAGCCAAAUACAAUUUACUUUAGUGUCCACAUCUGCUUAAUAGAGGCGCCCUCUGAAUAGGAGUUCAUUGUAAAUUAAGGGAAAUAUAAGACGUUAAUUUCGGGACCAGCUUAGUGUCCAUUUAAUAGAGGGUGUCCGCUUAAUUGGGGGUCUGCUUAAUAGAGGUUUCACUGUAGUAGUUUUCCUUAUUGUUUGAAUGAGAACUUUAUUUUAUUAGAAUCAGAAAUUUACUUUAAUUUGUAAUGUGGGCACCAGUUAGGGUAUCCAUGGAGACCCAGGGGCACUGUUUCCAGUGGUGUUGAUGGAUUUUCCCCAACUGGGGAGUGUCAAAAGUUGAAAAUAAACCGUGGAAGGGUCUGAGUCCUGGUUCAGACGCCGAACUUUCCGUGAGCCGAAUCUAAUACAUUGAAUUGAGUACAUGAAAAGUUCGGCGUCUGAAUCAGUUAGGAACGGCUCAGUGGUUCUUUUAGCCUAGUCCGGCCGUGAAUUUCGUAUUUGGAACGACUUUAGAACGGUUUUGAUUCAGUCGCCGAACUUUCCAUUUACUGAACCUAAUGCAUAAAUUAUUAUAACAUAUUUUGUGGGCAGUUUGACCAAAAUGAGCAUUUUUCUCCUUUUGAAUUUAGUUCGGCUGGAAUUAAGAUUGGCAUCUGAAUCAAUUCAGCCGGUCUAAAUAAUUUGGGUCGGCCUUAAUUCGAAUUAGGUUCGGCUCAUGAAAAGUUCAGCGUCUGAACCAGGCCUAAUUUAUUUCUUGCAGAAACCUUGUCCCUGUGGCUGCUAUGAAAGGCUAAAGAUUGGGUCUAGCAUUGCUGCUGAAGUCAGGAAGGCAAUUCUUUGUGAGACAGGUCUAACUUGCUGUGCUGGAGUUUCCUAUAAUAAACUCCUUGCCAAGCUUGUUGGUGGAUGGAAGAAACCCAACAUGCAGACAACCCUUCUUCCUGAAGAUGCUGAGAGCUUCUUGUCACGUCUUAAUGCCAGAGAGAUUCCAGGUGAGUUUUACUUUUUUACUACAAUAAUAGUGACAAAAUUUAUUGACAAACUUUGCCGUCAAUGACAUUUCUCCCAUUUUGCUGACACUAACUACUUCAUUGAGGGAAAGGCAAUAAUAUAGCUAAAGAGUUAAUAGAGUUUUUAAUUAUCACCCAAAAACACAGAAAAAAAUUCUGAGCUCCAGGCAAGAAUCAAACUCACAAUCCUAUGAGUUCUAGAUCAGACAGUCUGACCACUGAGCUAUGAGAACUCUAUGGCAAGCAGGGUUGAAUCUACUCCAUUUUCUGAUGCAUUUUGUUUGUUCAUUUGCUUUGUUUUGUUUUUUUAAACACAGCAUGAAAAUGAAAAAUAAGUGGAAUUCCAAUGUUUUUUGUGUUGAACUUCUUAAAAAACAGCUCAAAGGUGAAAAAUAAAAUAAUGGAAUUCUUUUAAAUAAAUUUUCCAAUUAUUACAGUCAAACCAGGUCAAGCGUUCCCGUCGCUAACGAACUAAUGAAUUCAUUCACGGAAAAAUGAUUUCGUUUGUUGAUUCAAUAAUCCAUUCAUAAAAUGAACAAUCCAAUAGUCAUAUUUAGCCUCGAUUCCAUAAUUGAAUGUUGAUUCGAUUACUGUUUUUUGAAGAAUUACACUUUCCACAAGUUGACCUCAGAAUUUUGUUUUUUCCUCUUUUUUUUCUGAGAGUCAAGUGCUGGCGAGUUCUGAAGUUCAAACCCAAACAAACUGUUACAUGUACGCCAGUUUGCUGCCAAUAAUCAGUGCAACAGACCUAGGCCUGACCUCUUAGAAAACAUGACGGUCAAACUGAGGUCAGUGUAUGUGCGGUGAUUGGUGGAUUUCGAUCCUCGGCCUUUGUCAGUUUCUUUGCGUUUGCGGUCUGUCUAUUCUAGCUGUUAUUUUGAUUAAAGGCAAUGAAAAACACAAUCGUAAAUGGCAGGAAAAGGGAAGCAAAUACGAUUGAACACAACAGACAAGAAUAAAGAACAGGUAGAUUUUGUUCAUAAACCAAAUCAACAUUUGAUUAUUGGUUCGAGGUACAAUUAAUUUGACCGUUGGAUUAUUCAUUUUAUGAAUGGAUUAUUGAAUCAACAAACGAAAUCAUUUUUCCAUUAAUGAAUUCAUUAGUUUGUUAGUGACGGGAACGCUUGACCUGGUUUGACUGUAAGGGUGGGUCAAUACGAUUAUCUCUAAAUGAUCAAUCAUGAAAUAUUGGCCAAUUCCCACCACUAAGGCAUAAGGUAUGGCCUUUGAGGUUUGGAGCUCCCUCAGGGAUGGGGGCACUCCCUUAUUUGGCCUAAGCAGUUAUGUGACCCUGAACAGGAUAUGAUUUUCAGGUUCUCAAGUUUGAAAUCAAAUAACAUGACAAUCUUUAAACGUUUACUUAAAUCAUAUUUAAUUAACUUACAGAAUAUCAAUAAAUUGUUUGUAAUUUAUUACUAAAAUUAUCAUUACAUAAUUAACUUUCUUUUAAUAUUUUCUAUACAUUUGUAAAUUACUUUGUUAUAUGGUGUUCUUUAUUUAUAUAAGUAUAUAUUUAAUUAAUAGCUAUCGUAACAACUAAAUCUAAUGUAAAGAGGGAGUCCCACCUUCAGGUCUUCAUGGCUUCUUGAGAAGUCGUCGCCUUUUUAGAUUCUUUUUCUUCAAAAUGUUUAUAUUACGUGGAAUUUAAUGUUUCUUUUCCCGUCAUUUAUAAGUAAAAAAGGUGAAAAUAAUCAAUAAACAUAAACAUCAAACCAGUUACACCGUUUCACUUAGGCUUCUCGGUCAUGAUGUCUUUUUGAUCGGAAGCCUUAAUUAAAAGAGUAUAAAGGUUGGUGAUGAGUGGUCCACAUUUGUGGUACCAACAAUUUUUUCCAAAAAAUAAUAAUUCUGCACUGUUAGUUUGGAAGAACUAUACUAUGACAAUUUAUCUCAAUAACUGUGGUGAUCUUAUUUUUAACUCUAUCAGGUAUUGGACAUGCAAUGGCCAAAAAACUCCGAACAAUAAAUGUUUUGUCAGUAGAGGAUUUACUCUCUUGUCCUAACCAAGUUUUGGAGCAGAAAUUUGGGAAGCCCCAAGCUAUGUUGAUGACUAAGCUAUGCCAUGGUAUUGAUGACAGCAACGUCAUACCUUCUGGUGAGUUCAAGUCAAUUACUGAUGAGGAUUCUUUCAAGAAAUGUUCUUCUGUUGAAGAUGCAAGGAAGCGAAUUAGUAACCUCAUUGAAGGAUUGCUUCCAAGAAUUUCAAGUGAUGGUAAUGUGCCUGACACUGUAAAAGUCACUGUGCGAAGACAAACAGACAACUCUCAUAAGAGAGAGAGUCGUCAGUGUAGACUUCCACAUCCUUUUUCUUUUGCUGACAAGGAAAAGGCAAAAGAAGAACUCCUGUCUACCUGCCUGCAUUUGUUCAGUAAGGUCAUUGAUGUAAAAAAACCAUUUCACUUGACUUUGCUGGGAAUAACACUGACAAACUUCCAAAAAUCUUCAAAUGUGCAGUCCCAGGACAUUUCUAGAUUCUUUCAGAAGUCAGCCUCCCAACACCAAGGUUCAACAUCCUCUGCUAACAGCAACCCAACAAAUGAUUUUAAAAAUUAUAAUCUGACAGCAUUUAUUAGAAAUAGAGCAAAGGCAAAGUCUUCUGAAUCUCUUGAAGAUGAAGACAACUCAAGCCAAAGUGAUUCCUUCGAUAGAGAGGAUAAUAAACUAACUUCCUGUUCAAACACACUGGUAAGUUCACAGAAAUCCCAGGAUAAUGGCGCCCCUGCGGGUGUGGACUGUCCCAAGGGAAUAGAUCCCUCAGUUUUUGCUGAGCUUCCAAGUGAAGUGCAGAGGGAGUUGCAGCAACACUGGAAACAACAAACUACUGGCCAUGGAGUGGUCUUAAAUACUAAUAAAGUUACACCUAAGCCAAAAAAGUGUUCUGGAAUUCAAAAGUAUUUUCCUAAAACACAGGCAAACUAG